AUGCCUUCCCUCCCCUGGCAAAUCCUGCACCAUCCGCUAGAAGCAAUCAACUUCCUCUACUACUUCACCGUACAACUCCUACUUCUCACCCUCCACAGAAUCCUCCUCCCACACUACCCCUACUACCAGUCUUUUCGAACACAGGUCCAGCGAGCAUACCUCGCCUCGACAUCCUUGUGCUUUCCAACUCUGACUCAUCGCCUACCUGCGACAUACACUUUGCAGCAAGCCGCGCGAAUCCACGGAACAGGUUGGAAUGGCUAUGUCACACCUGGGGAUCAAGUCGAUCGGCUCCAUUCGGCUGGCGAUAGCGACGAUGUCGGCAUAGUCUUGUACGCGCAUGGCGGAGGCUACGCCCGCGGCGAGGCUAGGAUGUACUACUGGCACACGAGGCGCUGGAUCGAAGUCGCCAAGGCGAAAGGGCUAGAGGUGAUCUUUGUGAGCGUGGAGUAUCCGCUAAGUGGCAAAGUACCUCACCCAGCCCAGCGAGCAGCUUUCCUAGCUGCCUAUCAUCAUCUCCUCGAGCUGAACAUACCGGCAUCGAAGAUCAUGUUCAUGGGCGACUCGGCCGGUGGUGGCUUAUGCAUCAACGCAGCACUACACGCCCUUGAGACCGGCGUCCCACAGCCUGCCGGAUCGGUUUUGAUAUCGCCGUGGUUGGACAUGUCUCUAUCGGCGUACGAGGGCGGAAAUCAAGCUGUGAUGAGUGAUUUCUUGGUAGCUGCAAAUACAGCAGUCCCUGUUAUGGCCAAUGCAUUCUUGGGACCUUACGCUGCGACGGAUCCGGACGUGAAUCCGCUGUGUCGUCCGCUCGAGCAGAUCAAGAAUCUAAACCCGCAGUUGAUCUUCGUCGGUGGGCCUGAGUUCGCAUUGUCUGACUCGAAAGACUGGGCUCGGCUAUGUCGCGAAGCGGGUGUAAAGCACGAGCUUCAUGUGGGAUGGGGUCAGCUACAUGUUUGGGCUUUGGGCUUGAAGUGGAUUGAGCCCUCGCUACGACGGAAGACAGAGGAGAGGAUUGUAGAUUGGAUGAUUGACUGCAUUCAUCGCAGUAGCAUGAAACCGAGCUAG